GUCAAAAACGGGGUGUGUAUCCACAGUCGGGCUGGGUGAAACCCCAGAUGGGCGGGAGGCACAGCCGCUCCCCCAGCGUGGUCAGCCUCACCGUGGAAACAGCUCUGUGCAGCUUUGACUUCCUCAACACGUCUGACUGUGAGGAGGAGGAUGAGGGGGUGGAGGAGAGAGGAGAGAAGAGGAGCAGAAGUGGCAGGUCUCUGCAGGACAGAGGCUGGGACAGCCCCCCCUCCCCCCUCACCACAGGCUGCACCACGUUAGACUGCGCCCUGGUGGUCCACCUCAACAAGUGCAGCACCCAGCUGCUGUGUCUGGGUAUGUUUGGUCCCCUGCGCUGUGGAGAGAUGUACGCCUUGGACAGACUGCUGAGGGAGGCCCAAGUCCUCGAAACCAUCCGACGCAUCGCCAAGGACAACCCGAGGCACUUCAGACAGCCUGCUGAAGAUUCACAGAGGUGGUUCAUAUUUCAGCCAACAAGUUUAAUUCAUGAACAUAAUGCCCGGAUCAUCACCCGCACCAACUCAUCCGACCACAUCACCCCUAUUCUCACUCAACUACAUUAGCUUCCUGUACGCUACCGUACUGAAUACAAAAACCUUCUACUUACAUAUAAAGCUCUCCACAACCUUGCCCCCAUCUACAGUACAUCACCGACCUCCUUCAGAAGUAUGACCCCCUCCCGCACCCUCCGCUCUUCGUCCGUAGGACUUCUCACCGUCCCAAGCUCUCGCCUCAAAACCAUGGGUGCUUGAGCUUUCAGCUGCUCGGCUCCCAGACUCUGGAACUCCCUGCCAGUCUGAUGCCAUAACAACAUUCAAAACCCAACUCAAAACCCAC